UAUGGGGUGGGAGACGCUAACCAAUUUCUCGACAUAACCUUCUAAUGAAGCGCACGUUACUGCCACUGCUCCAAGGCCGCCGCCCCAGCCUCGCCCGCCGUUUCAACUGCACCGCUUCUGCCGGCCAGGGCCUGGCUCUGCAACCCGCCACUGUUCACAAAAGCGUCCCUUCGCUUGAAGAGGAGCACCUGCAAACCCUCCUCUCUUCCUCCUCCCCAAUUACCGCCUUCAGUCUCCUCCAACUCAUCCGCUCCAUCCACGACUCAUCCGCCGCUCUCCGUAUUUUCGACUGGUGCCGCCUCCGUGGCCUCGUAGCCGCCUCCCCCUCCCACGCCUCAUUCGCCUUCCAGGCCAUCUUCGAGCUCGCUGCCCGCGAGAACAGCGAUGACAUUCUUCUUCGUCUCAAGAACCUCCUCCUUCGCUCGAACGAGCAAGGCUACGCCCUUACGGCAGACUCGGCCGCUCUCCUUGUCCGCUUAUUCUCCGCCGGACGUUCGCCCUCCGACUCCCUCCUGGCCUUCCGCUCCCUCGAUCCCUCCCUACGUUGCACGGAUCUCUGCAACCAUGUCCUCGCUUCUCUCCUCCGGUCCCCGGAUCCCAAUCACCAGGCUGAAGCACUUUCCCUUCUCCGAGAUAUGCUAAGCUCCAACUCCCAUUGCCCUCCAAAUUCCCUCACAUGUUCGAUUAUAUUUUUCACUCUAUCGCGGGGCAGCCAGCCCGCCAACGAUGAGAUGCUUCACCUCAUCGUUCGAAUGGCCAGCUCGAGAGCUUUCACUAUCGAUACCUACCAGUUCACCAAGGUUGUCGUCGGUCUCUGCCGUGACGGCCGCACGACCAAGGCUUGGGACCUCGUCCAUGCCGUCAAGAACUGCGGCGGUGCUGUGGAAGUUCCCGUGUGGAACGCCCUUCUCACCGGACUCUCCAAGGACAGAGAUACUCCCAGGAUGAAGCUUGUAUGCUCUGAGAUGGAGACAGCCGGUGUGGCGAACGUGGUCACCUAUGGCAUAGUUAUCAACCAUCUCUGCAAAUCCCGUAACAUCGACCUUGCAAUCCAGAUGUUCGACAAAAUGACGAAGCCGGAUUCAGCUGCUGGACCUGAUACCGUUAUCUUCAACAACGUCAUAGACGGGCUUUGUAAGGUGGGGAGGACUUGUGAAGGACUGGCUCUUCUUAACCAGAUGAAAAUUCAUCGUUGCGACCCAAAUACCAUCACCUUCAACACCCUUAUUGACGGGUUCUGCAAAGCAGGGGACAUUGAUACUGCUCAUGAGCUUAAUUCUCGAAUGGUCGAAGAAGGUAUUCCUCCCAACCUCGUCACGCUCAACACUCUCAUUUCUGGGAUGUGUAGGAAUGGCAUGGUGAGCAGCGCUUUGAGCUUCUUCCACGAGAAGAAGAUGGCCUGGGCCAACGCCAAAGGCAACUCUGUUACUUACUGCACUCUCAUCGGAGCUUUCCUCCAUGCAAACAAUGUGAGCAAAGCGAUGGACUUGUUUGAUGAAAUGAUUCGUGAGGGACACUCCCCUGAUGCUGUCACGUACUUCACUCUGAUAUCAGGCCUAUCUUCUGCUGGAAAAAUGGAUGAUGCAAGCUCGGUCGCAGCACAGAUGAGGAAAGAUGGAUUCAGACUUGAUACAAAGAGCUACAACAUCUUGAUUUCGGGUUUUGGCAAGAAGAAGAAGCUGGAGAAGGCUUUGAAACUGUUUGAGGAAAUGUUUGAAGCUGGAAUUAAGCCCGAUGUUGUCACCUACAACACUCUGAUUGACGCUUAUUGCAAGGCUGGGGAUUUUUUAAUGGCGCAAAAUCUGUUGAAGAAAAUGAUGGAUGAUAAUUGCAAGCCUUCUUUGGUAACUUAUGGUACUCUUAUCCAUGGAUUUUGUAAGAAUGGUGAUCAUGAUGGAGCUAUGAAGAUUUUUCAGAGCUUGAAAGACUCACAAUUUGAGCCCAACGCAGCAAUAUACAACGUUCUUAUUGAUUCCUUUUGCAAAUGCGGAGAGAUUAGCAUGGCGGUUUCUCUUAUGGAUCAUAUGCGAAGCAACGGCGUAGCUCCUAAUAUAAUCACUUACAAUGCAAUUAUUAAAGGCCUUUCUGAGAAGAAUAUGUCUGCAAAGGUUUUUGAGCUGAUGGAUCAGAUGAAAGAGGAGGGUUGCAGCCCCGACUUUAAGACAAUGGAGAUUCUUGCUGGAUGGUUGCCUGCAAUUGGUGAGUCAGAGAGACUCAGAUGGUUCAUAGAGGGGAAAGAGAUUGCAGUUUCAUGAGCCUUCCCAGAUGGUGUCGAUAUGCGUUUCUGCUGUUGGGGUUGGAUACUUGAAUUACAAAUGAUCUCAAGACAUGCAACAUAGAAAGCUCAAAUGGAUUUAGGUUGUCAAUGUGGACAACUAUGGCUUCGUUUGGGACG